CGGGAAGGCGGGGAGAUGGCGGCGGCGAUAGCGCGGAGGGGCGCGGCGCUGGCUAUGGUGCUGGCGCGGAGGGGGAUGUGCUCCGCCUCGGCGCCCGCGGCGGCGGCGGCGGCGCUAUCGUCGGAGGAGCUCAUACGGAUGGAGCAGGACUGCAGCGCGCACAACUACCAUCCGAUUCCAAUGGUGUUCUCCAAAGGGGAAGGUUCGCACAUAGUGGACCCUGAAGGCAACAAAUAUAUUGACUUCCUGUCUGCUUACUCUGCAGUCAAUCAGGGCCAUUGCCAUCCAAAAGUACUGAAGGCGUUGAUAGAGCAAGCAGAGAGGCUCACACUUAGUUCCAGAGCUUUUUACAAUGACAAGUUCCCAGUCUUCGCCGAGUAUUUGACUAGCAUGUUUGGGUAUGAUAUGAUGCUGCCAAUGAACACUGGAGCUGAAGGAGUAGAAACAGCUAUUAAAUUAGCAAGGAAAUGGGGCUACGAAAAGAAAAAGAUACCCAAGAACGAGGCUUUGAUUGUCUCUUGCUGUGGAUGUUUUCAUGGGCGGACUUUGGGUGUCAUUUCUAUGAGCUGUGACAAUGAUGCAACUCGUGGUUUUGGUCCUUUAGUUCCUGGCUAUCUUAAAGUUGAUUUUGGGGACAUCAAUGGGUUGGAGAAAAUCUUUAAAGAGCAUGGGGAUCACAUAUGUGGUUUUUUGUUUGAACCAAUCCAAGGAGAAGCUGGGGUAAUACUCCCACCAGAUGGCUAUUUGAAAUCUGUGAGAGAUUUGUGUUCUCUGCACAACAUUUUAAUGAUUGAUGAUGAGAUCCAAACAGGCAUAGCUCGAACUGGCAAAAUGUUGGCAUGUGACUGGGAAGACGUACGACCUGAUAUGGUGAUUCUAGGCAAGGCACUUGGUGCUGGAGUAGUUCCCGUAAGUGCAGUUCUCGCGGAUAAGGAUAUCAUGCUGUGUAUCAAACCAGGAGAACAUGGAAGUACAUUUGGUGGAAACCCAUUGGCAAGUGCUGUGGCAGUCGCAUCACUGAAAGUGAUCAAAGAUGAAGGUCUUGUUCAAAGAGCUGCAGAGUUAGGUGAGGAUUUCAGAAAUCAGCUACGUAAGGUUCAACAGAAAUUUCCUCAUAUUAUCAGGGAAAUACGUGGGAGAGGUUUGCUUAAUGCGGUGGACCUAAGCAACAAAGCUUUAUACCCUGCUUCUGCAUAUGAUAUUUGCAUUAAGCUCAAGGAGAGAGGCAUUCUAGCAAAGCCUACACAUGACACCAUAAUUCGAUUAGCCCCUCCUCUUUCAAUCAGUUCAGAGGAGCUCGCAGAAGCAUCAAAAGCACUCAGCGAUGUGCUUGAGCAUGACUUGCCACAGCUGCAGAAACAGAUCAAGAAACCAGAAUCCGAGGCAAAACCACCAAUCUGUGAUAGAUGCGGCCGGGAUUUAUAAGGUUUGACUGAGUAUCGGGGCAGAGAUGAGGUAUCCACAAUUUCAGGGUUAACAUCCCCUAGAAUAACAAACAUGGAGUUCUCACUGUGCGUCGUGCCUAACUCACUGUAGUAUACAACGCUUUGUUGUGUUCUCUAUUAAUGUGUCAUCCUUACACUGGUUGCAAAUAAAUAAAUGGAAUACAUUUGCCCUGAAA